AUGUCCUUUGCCGUCGAAGUUUUAAACCUUACGUACCAGUUUCCAGGAAGCGAGACGCCAUCGUUGACCAACAUCGACCUAAAGAUACCGUGGAAUACACGAACCCUGAUCGUCGGUGCGAACGGAGCUGGUAAAUCCACGUUGCUGAAACUCUUGAGCGGGAAGCAUCUGUGCUUGAAUGGGAAGAUUCUCGUGAACGGCUCGGAUCCAUUCAGCCCCGUUCAUUCCACCAAGGACGGCGAAGAGGAGUACUUGAUAACUACGUAUUUGGGUACCGAGUGGUGCCACAUGAGCAUCAUCAAUAGGGACAUCGGCGUCGCCGAACUUCUGAACAGCAUCGGCAUGCCGCAUUUCCAGCAACGUGGCGACACCCUCUGCGAGAUCCUCGACGUCGAUCUCAGCUGGAGAAUGUUCAAGCUAAGUGACGGCCAGAAGCGCCGCGUGCAGCUCGUCAUGGGCUUGCUGAAGCCGUGGAAAGUCCUCCUGCUCGACGAAGUCACUGUCGACCUCGACGUCAUUGCGAGGUCCAAGCUCCUUGGCUUCCUGCAGUGGGAAACAAGAACAAGACAGUGCUCCGUGAUAUACGCAACCCAUAUCUUUGACGGCCUUUCCGAGUGGCCCGACCGCAUCUGGCAUCUGAAAGAGGGCUCCAUGGUAGACCAGCUGGACUACCAUCGUGACAUCAAGUUUGUCGACUCCUCAGAAGCUACAGGAAACGGUUCAGUUACCUUCUCCCCCGAUGGGCCUACUGUCCACAUCUCCAAGGUCAAGAGUCUGCACCCAUUGGCGCAAUCCUGGCUACACGGAGACCCAUCGGAUCUCUCUCAUCUGCUCAUAAGUGAUGUUGACCAGCCACUGUUGUAG